UGGUGCACCGCGCUCAAGAACUGCCAGGGUGAAAAAUGCCCUAAAAUAAGUCCUAUUUUCCGAUUUUACUUCAAAACUACGGCAAACAACUAGGACAGAAGGUAGUAUUAUGAAACUGGACUCCAUGGCGGAUGCAAUAAAUUGAUUUGCAUCAGAAAAAAGCGUUGUUAAAAAUGCCUACGAACGAUUAUUUAUUUCACAAGAAAGACCUGUCCUUAAUCCUUACUCUAAAUGGCUAACUGUGUUUAGUGCCCUUAAGAAACUGCUAAUUGCAUUACCUCGCCUAAAAACACACAAGUUGUCACUAUCACUUCAACAAAUAGCAAUUUUGUCGUUUGUGUUGCUCCGCAGUGGAGCAUGAGCUCCCUGAAUUAUUGACGCAGGCCAAUCAUAUUUGAUGAGAAACCCCAAAUGGGCGAGUGUUUGUGGGCAAGGCGCUAUCGACAAUAUGGCGGACGAUGGAGACAGUACGAGUGGAGCAGUUGACACUAGUGGCGGGCUGGGGACUUCAGAUGAGUCGGACGCGUUCAGUCUUGGCGGGAUGUUGUUAAAUUUAAGUAUUUUAGUUUUAGUGGUUGCGAUCUGCUAUGUUAUUUAUCGGCGAUGGGGUAAACGAAUUGUCGAUGACGCGGCCAAAGGAAGCGAGGCCUCGUCUCUUCCGAAGAUGAGAAGAGGUGAUUUCACGUUGGAACAACUGAGGGAAUACGAUGGACUGCAAAACCCCCGGAUCAUGAUGGCAGUUAAUAUGAAAGUAUUCGAUGUUACCACCGGCAAAACGUUUUAUGGCCGAGACGGUCCAUAUGGUAUCUUUGCGGGCCGGGAUGCAUCGAGGGGUCUGGCCACGUUCUGUUUGGAGAAAGAUGCCCUGAGGGAGGAGUAUGAUGACCUGUCAGACCUCAACGCUGUUCAGAUGGAGUCAGUCAGAGAGUGGGAGAGGCAGUUCAUGGAAAAAUACGAUUAUGUUGGUCGACUGUUAAAGCCAGGGGAUGAGCCGUCAGAAUACACAGAUGAGGAGGACAUCAAGGACCACCUGAAACAUGACUGAACUGUUGCCCUGUUCUGUUCACACCACCAACCAAAGCCUUGACCCAAACAGCUGACAGCACCUGGCCCCGCCACAGCCCCCUCUUCCCUCUCAAGCCCCCCCCCUCUCCUCUUCCCUCUCAAGCCCCCCCCCCCCCCCCCCCC